AUGACCAAGAGUUCGUUUCUGAAGUCGGUUCUACCACUAGCAAAUAAGAUUCAUACCAGUUAUGGAAGUCAAUUUGAGAAAAACCCCAAGGUAAUAAACCAAAUAUUAGACAAGUUGAAUUUAGAAUCAUACUACAAGUCUGAAAGCUUACAAAUACUGGAUAUAUACGCCGGGCCUUUGAUUCAAUCAGUCAUACUUAAUGAAAGACUGAAACCAAAGAAGCAUGUCCUGUUAGAGGAUCGAUUGAAAUUUGUGGAGUUGUAUCAAGCAACUUUGAAGGAUCACCCAUCGAUGGUUAAUUACAAUAAAAAUCCAUAUAAAUGGGAGACAUUUUUAGAAAUGACAAAUGAAGACAGAGUCCUUACUCCUAGCAUGCAGAAAAGAGAUCAUAUUCACAAUGAAUUCUUGAUCGCUGCCAAUUUGACCAAUAAAAAGGGUGAACAGCUAUACGUGCAAUAUUUGCAGUGUAUAGCGAACCAGAAUUGGAUGCAAAGAUUUGGUCUGGUCAAGAUGUUAGUUUGGAUACCUCAGCAAACUGCAAGGAAAUUAUUCGCACCAUUUUCAAACAAAGACAGAAACAGGCUUACUCUUCUAUCCGAAUUAGCUACUAAUACAAAGCUCGUUGCGACUUCUGAAAACUCAGUAAAAAAGUUCCUUCCAGAUUGCAUAGAGAAGUUUGAUCCCGUGAUAAUUCCCUCAGAUAAUAAAAGUCCAGACGAUCUUUCACUUGUUGAAAUCAACCCUAGGGAUCACAGCAUAGAUUUGGACCAUUGGGAUUUCGUAACGCAAAAGUUAAUGAUCCUUAAAUCCAAACCAGUAGAAGAGAUGAUUGAAAUUUUGGGGCAUGGGGCUCGUGAUUGGUUCAUUUCUCGUUUGGAUCCAGUCUUAUUGAAGAAAAAACCUUACGAGUUGACGUAUUUGGAAAUUGAUGAAAUUGCAAAAGUAUUUGCACUGUGGCCAUUUAAACCAUCUUUAUUAGUGGAUUUCUACGAUGAAAACGAGGAUUAG